UAUAUAGUAGAUGGAUUGGCGCAUUCAAAUCCCUGAGCACAAAACCAUUCAAGUCCAGCAUCGCAUUUUAAAUUAGCCUGUGGAUAAAUGCCUGGCUAGCAAGGAGUUGGGAUAGUGUACAAUUAGCUCAUUGUUUUUGAUGGUUUUCACAGAGGGAACUGUAGGAUUGCAAGAGCAAAGGCUACCAUACCCCUGGAUGUGUAAUGAGGGAGUUGCUGAGCACAGUACAUGCAGUGUAGAGGACCUUCAUUCGCUAACUGGGAGACUUCCAGACAGGCUGCUAUUGUGUUCCUUUAAGGAGUGUGACGGUGGAUAACAACAGUAGCUCAUUUCUGCUUUCAGGAUUGCCAGAGUCUCCUGUGCUCGAGAAUGGAGUCAAACAGUCCAAAAAAGAUUCAGUUUGCUGUGCCGUUAUUUGAAAGUCAUCUGGAUCCCGAGGCAGCUGAACAGAUAAGAAGGCGAAGACCUACUCCAGCGUCACUGGUUAUUCUUAAUGAAUCUUCACCAGAAGUAGAUGAGAAAAGAGAGAAUAAUCCGCAAGGCGAGAAUGCUGAGAUGUCACCUCAGCAGAGAAAGAAGAGUGUAUAUACACCUCCAACUAUGAAAGCAGAACUUCAGUUGCUGGUGGAGCACCAUCUUCAGAAACAGGAGCAACCGAAGCAGGAUUACUCUGAAAGUGACCCCAGCUGUCUAGACGAGCUUAGCCCAAUGAUGACUGAGUGCUGUCAUAGCAAUGGAGCCCCUGCUUGCUUGGCAGACACAGACUGGGGUACCCUCAACUGCUGUGAACACAUCAGCAACCAAACGGGCAUCCAACUGCUACUAAAUGAUGAGGAACCCCCAGACAACAGCUCUGUUGCUGGGGUGAAACACUUAAGGAGCAAAAAUGAAACGCCAUUCCUUGAGGAAGAAGAGGCGACAUCUGAAAAAGAAGAAUGGUCACCAAAGACCAACUUUUGAGCAUCUGGAAAGGAGUUUCACGGUAUCUGAACUGAGAAAGCUUUCCUUCUGUCAUCCUGCAUCAAAUCUGGUGGAUAUUUCCAGGCCCUCAUUUAAUCAUCUUGAAGGGGAUUGGGGCUUAGAAACCUACUUGUAUAAAUACACAUUAGACUUCAGUCCAGGAAGCAAGUCUCACACAAUCAAAAAUACACACAAAUAUGAUUGUGUAGAACCAAAAUUCAAAUCUGUCUACCAUAAAUUCACUUUUAGUCACUUUGCAAAUGUAAUAAUAUUGACAUUAUUGGUAUUGUUAAAUGAAUAUUAUUAUUCUACUUUGUUGAUGCAAAUCUAACCUACUGUAAAUAUUCAAGAACUCUAAAUAAAGAAUGAAAAUAAACUGACAGUUUAAUAUUUUAGCCCCCUUCAAUCACUCUACAUGCAUCUUUGUAGCUCUUGACCCAAAAAAAAUUGACAAUUGUAGGAAAAUUUGGCAGAGGAAUGCUGGAACAAUUACUACAUUAAAAUAAUGAACUGAGACAGGUUGCCUGUGACCACUUAAUUAUUGGCCAAAAAGAUACCAAGACUUCAGGCGUAGCAGAGCAGGACAUGCACCAUCUAGAGGAUCAAAUUGUGCCACCUUUGCUGAGAUGGGGAAGGUGUAAUAACGAUUAGGGUGAGGGGAUGGGGAGAAAAUUAGCUCAUUUAUGGGAAAGUUGUUGAAAAUGGAAGAGAACAAAAAGCAAAGUGAUCAAAAGCAGCAGGACCAGUGGGAGUGAGUAAACACAAAGACAGCACUGCCAAUCGAAAAUGCAUAGACCUCACAGCCCUUCCCAGUUUGGCAAUGUAAUUCAAUGACUUUUCUUUUUGCCGAGUAUGCUCAACAUUGGGAUCCUCAGAUCCGGAGCCCUGUACUGAGGGAAGUAACCAGCUGCCAACUAUUUUCAAUGCAACACAAAAAACGCAGCUGAUCUCAAGCUGCAGCUUUGUGAAGUGAUAAAGGAUGUUCAAGGUACUGAAGACUGAAUGUACAAAACAGUAAUUUGUGGUUAUGAACAUGUUCUUCUCAUCAAUCCUUCCUUUCACCUGACACUUAAAAUUUUACCUGCACACAAUCUGGUGAGGAACGCAGAGGGCUGAGCAGUAUCUGUGGGGUUAGGGGAAGGAAUGGUCAAAUUCCACAAAAAGUCCACAAUUCCUUCCCUUUCCCAACAGGCUGUAGUAAAGGUUAAGGUUCUUCACUGAAUAUAUAAGCAGCAAAGAUUUGAUGGUAGCAAAUCUUAACAGUGCUAUGGACAAAGUGUCACCACUUUAAGAAUUGACUGCAGUGCUAUUAGCUCACUGGCCUGCAAAAACGUUAAAGGAACCCUUAAGCACUCACGUACAGAUCUCUUCAAGUACCAAUCUGUACAUUCUGCAAGGGACUUCUUCAGAGGCCAAAGAUACACUGAGCACACACAUAUUUGAUUCAGUUCUUCCAUUAUUUUUCUGCACUUUUUAUGUCUUUAUCUUUAAUUCUUUAUCUUUUCAUCCCCCUGGUGUGUUUGGUAUCAGACAUUGUUACAGCACAAAGACAGUACAUUUCUGCACAAGUCAUCCAUCCUGCCAAUGCUGCCCAUCUAUGUUAAUCACCUCAGGUUUCCUUUAAAAAUUUCCCCUUUCACUCUCAUUUACUCUAUAUCCUACCAGAACAUGACACAUCGACAUAUAUUACCACACACUUGUCUGGAUUAAAUUCCAUUGGCCACAGCUUUGCCCAGUUUCCCAACAUAUUUACUACUAUAUCCUUGACAAAUCUGGUUCAAUAGCUAUGUUUCUAUCAAUUUCCAUGUCACCUGCAAACUUAAUAUUCCAGCACUAGUCGUUAUGGUACACCUUCUGUUACAGAUCUCCAGUCAGCAAAGCACUCCUAGGACCCUUUGCUUCCUAUCACAGAGCCAUUUUUCUCAACACACCUGAAUCCUUUGUGCCUCAACCUUCUGGAGCAGCCUACCAUGUAGAUAUUAUAUACACUUCUAUGGAAUUCCAUAUAAACCACAUCAACUGCACAGCUGCAUCAACUUUCGUAGUUCACUCCUCAGAAAGCUCAAAUUUGGGAGAUCAGACCUCCUCUGCAUAAAACCAUUGAUUCCUCUUCAUCAGUCCCUUGUCUUUUCAAAGUGCACAUAAGUCUUCUCCUUCAGAAUCUUCUCCAACAAUUUCCAUGGAUGUAAAGUUAAUAGACCUGUUUUUAAGUUUACCUCUACUGCUCUUUUUGAACAAAUGAACAGCAUUAAAUAUGCUCCAGUCAUCUGCUACUUUACACACAGUUAACAAAGAUGCACCAGUCUCCAGAGCCUCAGCAAUCUACUCCCUUUUGUUCCCUGUGAAUUCUGGGAUUGAUUCCCUUAGACCCAAUGGGUUAUCCUCCCCAAUGUGCACCAGUGCCUGUAAUAUCACCUGCUUCCUGAAGCAGACAUCCACAAUAUGGUCAUACCCUUCCCUUAUGUUAGUGAAAGGUAUCCCAUUUUGAAAUCUUCUUGGGAGUGGAAGUGGAUGGUCUCUUUUGGAAUGCAGAUGCCAAUUCUAUUGGAGAGAUUUUGGAAUUGGUUAUCUAAUGUUAAUGGUUCCUUUCAGCAGGAAACCUUAGAGAUAGAAGUGGUAGAAGCUCAUUUAGCAGCCAUACUUUAAUAUUAGUAACACUUUUUAACAAUAUACAUCUCUUGGAUGAGACACUACAAUUACCCACGUAAAGAUUUCAGAUUCCUCAAACUUAUGUGCACAAAAGAUUUGACAAAUAGAAAACUAAAAUAUUCUCAUCUUCAAAGUUGUAUGUGGGAGAAUGAUGAAAAAGGCAAAAUCUCAUUGCGUCCAAGGCAAUCUUAAUCCAGAGUUAACUUGGUGAAAAAGACAGGAUGAUGGUGGGGUUUUUCUUUUGUGACUGGGAACCUAGGACCAGUGCUGUGCCAGAGGGAUUGGAGGCAGUACCUUUGUUGUUUGCUAUAUACAUUAAUGAUUUGGAUCUGAAUGUAGGAAAUACAAUGAGCAAGUGUGCAAAUGACAAAAAAGAUGGUGCAACCAAAUGCAGGAAGAAUUGUCUUUGAUGGUGGAAUAAAAUUAGUUAGUAGAUUGGGCAUGGAAGCAAGAAAUGGAAUUUGAUCCUCCCAAGUAAUUCCUUGUCAAAAGAUUAAGAAGGCUAAGAUAGACAUACAAGGAUGUGCAAAGUGAAAUUUCUACAUCUGCUGUUGACAAAAUUGGAAGUAUAGUAAACAUGAGGAACAUAGAAUCCAAAACAGAAGCACAAGCAGAAUCACAUGAGUAACAAAGAAAUCUAACAGCUUUGUGAAGAAUAUUUUUGCAAAAUGACAAUGUAAACCAACUAGUACUUUUGUAAGGACUUACCAGAAUGAGGGGUGUGAUUGCAGAGGGUUUUGGGGGAAUCUACGUAAAAGUCUUUGAAGGUGGCAGGACAUUAUGGAAGAGCAGCUAAUAAGUAUUAGGCAGCAUAAAUCAAAGUAUAAAAUAGGAAUUCAGGAAGGUUCUGCUAAACUUUUCUAAAAACUCUGACUUGGCUACAACUCAAGAUUAUUUUCAUUUCUGACAAAACACUUCAGGAAGAACACAAAGAGGGCGCAGAAAAAGACAUACAGAUAUGAGAAUUUUCACCUACAUCAUUUGAAAGGAAAAACAGGAACGAAGAAGGCGGGGAAGAAAUUUGAUACAUUGUGCACCAAAACAUGAUGGAAUUACAUGGACUUGAAAUCAACUGUUUUGAUAGCUGAUGGAGAGAGGGCCAAAAAUUAUAGAUUCAAAUUUAAGGCAAAAAGCCAUUGGGAUAAGAAAGUAGUAGAUGGGAGUAGGAAAGAAAACUAAAUGCAGAUCCGAAAUCAUCAGGUUGGUGGAAGCAGAAUCAAAGCUUCCAAAUAGGAACGACAAUUACAUCAAGAUAGAAUAAUUUACAGGCUAUGGGAAAAAGCUGUGUAAUAAAGAUAAUCUGAAAUAUCUUAUAGAAAAUCUUCAUGUCGCUGAUGGGCCAAAUAGCAGCUCCCUGUGCUAUAAUAAUUCAUCAGACAACGAACAUUUGAAUUUAAUUACCACUUUGGUGUCUUUAGAAUUGAAAUUCUAAUGACACUGAAGUGAAUCAAAUAAAUUGUAUAUAAAUGAAGUUUCAAUUUGUUUUAAAAUGAUAAUUUAAACAUUGUUCUAAAUUGAAAGUGAAGGCAAAAAUAAUGUUCUUUUUGCCUGUUUCUAUUAUAAUUCACCAAAUCAGUAAGGUCCCUACAGUGCAUAAAUAUUGAUGCAUUCAUCCAAACAGACAAGAUCUCAAGUUGUUACUGUGAAAACUAUAUCCUACUUCACAUUCAAGCAACAAGGUUAGAAGGGAAUCAAGUUCAAGUUCAAAUUUAGUUUUUUUAAAAAUUCAACCAUACAUGUGUAUAUUGCCAAGUGAAAAAAUGGUCCUCCAGACCAAGGAGCAUAACACUACAUAUAACUCAAACACAUAUCACAUAAAGUAAUAUUACCACAAAUAAAUGAACAAAUAAUAAGGUGCACAUACGAUACAAGUUAAAAAAUAAACAGCAUAACACUGCUGGCACUUCAUACAUGAUAAUUUAUUUAUUUAUUGAGAUACAAUGUGGAAGAGGCCCUUCUGGCCCUGUACCACUACUAUAUGAUGAGAUUCAUACAUGGUGGCAGGGAUUUCAGUAGUCUUACAGCCUGACGGAAGAAGCUGUUUUCCAUCCUAAGUUCUUAUCUUAAUGCUACUGUACCUUCUGCCUGAUGGUAGAGAGUCAAAGAGAUUGUUGGACAGAUGGGAGGGAUCAUUAACAAUUUAGGGGCCAUGUGUACGCAGUGCUCCUGAUAAAUAUCGCUAAUGUGUGGAAGAGAGAUCCCGAUGAUCUUCUCAGCAGUGCUUGCAAUCCUUUGUAGGAACUUACUGUCAUAUGUCUUGCAAUUCCCGUAUCUGACAGUGAUUCAGCUGGUCAGGACACUCUCAAUGGUGCUGUGAAAUUUGGUUAAAAUGGGGGGAGGGUAGAGCCACACUCACCUCAGUCUCCUCAGAAAGUGGGGACUUUGCUAUGCUUUCUUUACCAAAGAAGUGGUGUUGAUGGUCUAGGUGAGAUCGUCCAUUAUGUGCACUUCCAGAAA